AUGGGUAUCCAAUUCUCUACAACCUCUUCUGGGCCGUGGGACGAGAAGUACCCCCAUGGCAGCCCCGGCCCGCCAUCGACUAGUUCCAAUGAACCUAUUUUGUAUCCCGAUAAUCCUCGAGGUACUUAUAUUAUGAAGCUAUUAUCACACAGCUGGACUGAUGUCUCUGAAAUGAUCGCACACUGUGUACGUAGCAGCUCACAAGACAUCAAAUAUCACCCUAUUUGCGCCCUAUUGUGCCGAUCGAUCAACUACAACCAAGACCUCGGAAUUAUCCUUGCACAGUAUAUGAACAUCUAUAACCAUUUGUUCUUCGGAAGAAUGGUCAAAAGCUCUGCCAUGGACGAUUCCGCCGACAACGAGGUCAAGAUUAUCUUCAGCCAGGAGUUGGUCACCGAUGAACUUCAAGCCGAGGAGGUUGAAUUGAAUGAUUACCUGGGUCUCAUAAAGAGUUCUUUCGAAGACGGAUUCAACCGUGUAACCAUAUACAUCUUGGAUACACGCUCUGUUCGACCCGGUUGGAGCUACCACGAGAUCAUACGUGAAAUGUUGGGGACACUUGCCCAUGAGAUGAUACAUGCCGUGCAUUUUAUGUAUACGAAAUAUACAGGAAUUAGGUAUGCUACGCAUGGUACCAAUUUUCAGAGAGCUGCGCAAGCUAUUGAGCAAGCAAAUCGUGUUUCUUCGGGAGGCGAAAGGUGGUCUACCCGAAAAUCGAACUUGGUAGAGAUUUUGCGGUAUUAUUCGACGUUUUGCAUCAAGAAUACAAGGAACCGACUGACGCAGAGAUUCGAAACAUGGGGUUAG